AAGUGUAGGGAAAAACAUUGCGGAAGACAUCGUCAAAAUUAUUUAGUGUGCACCUCAAGACUCACUGAGAUGCAAAGGGAUUUAUUUUGCAAAUAAUGACAAGUUGGGCAAAAAAUCAGAUUGCUAAACAAUUGGCAAGGUUUGUCAAGAAUCUAGACCCAAGCCAAAUUAGCUUGAAAUUUUUGAAAGGCGAAGGUGAAUUGUCAAAUUUAGAAUUGAAUGAACAAGUGCUAACUGACUUACUGGAGCUGCCACCAUGGUUACAGCUGAAAAAAGCAACAUGCAAUCGAAUUUGCACGAAGAUUCACUGGACUAGCUUGAAAACUGAUCCGAUACAACUGUUUUUGGAUUGUGUUGAAGUGGAUAUUUUUGCAAGCGAAACGGGAAGUCCAAAGCCCCACGACAAUGUCCCAUCUCACCAAAAGUAUUCAAGCAAAGAUAAGCCACAACCAGUCAAGACCAGCAAGUACGGGUUUGCGGAAAAGGUAGUCGACGGAAUGUAUGUCUCAAUUAACAGUGUACUUGUUUCAUUCAAAGCAUCAGGCUUCAGGGCGUCUUUCAGCAUGUCACGUUUUAUUGUGCAAAGUACAGAUCCAUAUUGGAAUGUUGCAAAUAACUUGCGAAAGACAAGAAUAAAAGACGAGCAGCGCGGCGAAGUUAUGAUAUUUAAGCAAAUCAAAUGGGGGACAAUGCGCCUCGAUGCCGAUGCUGCAUAUGCUGAGACUGCUGAGCACGGAUCUAUCCCCAUUCGUUUGAUCACCAACAAUUCAGCAGUCCACUUAACUAUAAAAAAACGAUUAUCUGACUGCUCCUUGAUAUCUUCGAGACUUGAAAUAAUUUUUGAUGACAUCUUAUGGAUUUUGACGCAAUCGCAGUUGCUGAAACUUUCAUCGUUUGUCCACUUCUUGCUAAAAGUAAGACAGAAGUUCUUGCCAAUGGCAAAGCACACUGAAGCGCAAAAAGAUCACAAACCAAUGGGAAAUUCAAGUGAUUCGGGAGCACCCCACCGGCCUAAUGCGGAUUUGUAUCAAGGGACUGGUCAUGGAUCAAACUUAAAUAAAUUUUUCACUGAACAUGAUGUUAUUGAGACUUCAUAUCAUUUGAAAACUAACCGCAUAGACUUACACCUAUGCGAUGACCAGACCCUUAGCAGCAGCGAAACUGCGCCGAGGUCAUUUCAGCAUAAUGGGUCAUCAGAUAGUCCGGGUGCUUUGUUAAUAUCAAUACAGAACUUCAAAAUGGAUCACUAUCCAUACCACAUCGCCAACUUGAAGAGGAAGCUAGCUAGAAGUAGUGAUGAUGAUGCUUUAUUUAGCAGAAGACAAUGGGCACAGCAACUUUUCGAUUUUUUCCUAAAGAAUGAAGGAAAAGAGAUAGGCCACUUUGCCAGUCAGCAAGCAAAAAGUGCUGCCCCGUCUAGACGGCCACUGAUGUAUGAAAGCUUCUUUCUGAUCUCUUGUACAAAGUUUGCAAUUAUGCAAGUAAGUACGAGUGAUCGGCAAGAGCCAAUGCCUUUUCUUUCAUCGGACAAAGAAGGCCUCUUUUUACCCGAAGAUAUGAACUCAUUUCUGCUUGAUUUCACUUCUUAUUACUUCAUUGGAUAUCGAAAUUUACCAGUGCCCCCGUCCAAUAUGUUUCUGAAGAUGAAUCCUAUGAAACUUGUCUUUCACCCAUUAACUUGCAUUUGGCUCAACAAAUUCAUCCAGAGUGUUGUCACAGGCCUGGAAUGGACGAAAGAAUUUUUGACAAAAGAAAGUGCCCCGCCUGAGCAUCUUGACAUCAGGAUCGAGUGUUUAAUGCCCCAGGUGACUGUUCCUUGCGAUGCGAGCUUUGAGCUGCCUCACAGCAGUGAAAGGCCAAAAGCCCUGCAGAUUCAGAUCUCACAAGCCGUCAUUUCAAACAGUCGAAUUGGAGUAGCAACAUCACAAUCUGAUUUAUUGAUGGAUGUACAAGAUGCACUUGCAUCUCACGUUUAUUCCAGAAACAACGAUUUUCCCAAUUCGCAGACUGACUAUGGCCCGCUUCCUAAUGAGUACUGGGUAAAUGACUACAGCAUAUUGCACAGACGGUUCUGGCAGGCUUACCUUAGAUGUCGCACAGAGUCUUUGGUCGAUGCGCGUCAUCCGGUUAACUCACAAAUGGGAAUGGAAUACUCAAAUAUUCCCGGUCAACCCACAACUUUUGGAAAGCAAAGUACAAACCUCGCCAAGGAUUUGAUGAAUCCAAGGGUUAUCUGGUGUAUCUGGUGUGAGCAAAUUUGGAUUGAUUUCAUUGGAAUUGAGAAAUCCUGUGGACGCCCAGUCACUUUUAUUGAUGCUGUUCCAAUGCGUCUUUGGCUUAGCUUUCCUGUUGUUCUACCACGAGAAUCCUCAUCUAUCGAAGAAGACAUAGAAAACAGAGGUUCCUUUUUGCAAGAUAUCUAUACUCAGACAGAACGCUCAAUGGUUGAUGCUACUUCUUUACAUACAACUGUAAAAACCCAUGUAACAAAAACCGGCUCUUGUACAUCUUUACCUGCCACUUUGAAGUCGCAGCAAGAAUUUUUUAGUAAUUCGAGCUCAAAUAGUUCAAUUUCUAUGGACAGUGUAGCUAGCAAUACGAUUGGAAACGAGGCAGCGAAAGAAGAGGUGUCUAGUUCAACCAAAUCUAGAGCUACGCCUUAUGAGCAUGUUUCACCUCCUUUUGGUUUUCAAGAGCCGUCUUUGAAGACAAGUUAUUCCGAGACAGACCUCAUGUUAAGCCGGGCCAGGUCCUAUGCUCCGGGCAGCUCCUCGUCCCAAGAGUUUCCUGUUGUCGUAAAAGAUGUAAGAGUUGAGGCUCCCGGCCCUCCGCCCCCAUAUUCAGCUUCUGCACUAGCCAAUGUCAGUAAAGCUGACUUUAAAGUGAAUUCAAGUGAAUCUCUCCCACCUGUGUAUACUCAGCUUCCAACCUACAAUGCUGUUACAUUAGACGAGGGUGCAUCGCAAAUAACAGAAAAAACUUCUAAGGAAGUACUUGAUUUCUUCAAAUGCCGUCAAGAAAAUGAAGGUAAUGGCAGCAAUGACCCGAAAAAGAUAACAACCAUUGGCAGCAUCUUACAUGUUACGAAAUCCACAAGUAUUCAAUUAGAUCAUUUCCAGCUUUUGUUUCUGUUGCGCAUUCAAGAAAUGUUGCAAGAGGUUGCAACGAAGAUAACUGAUGACAGUUUGUUAUCCAAAACAGUCAACUCCCCAUUGCACCAGGAUUCUUCAUUUAAUGGCAAAUCUUUCUCUAUGCACAUGAGCCUACCAUCCAUCGAUUUAAAUAUUGUCCUUCCUCCCUCAAUGGGCAUUCAGAACGAGCAGUUCUUGUCCCUGGAAGAACGCAUAGAAAGUGGCAAAUUGACAAGGUUUUUUGAGCUUAUAAAGCAAACAAGAGAUGGUGAAAGCAGAAAAAACCAAAAGACAGAGAGUAAAGGGGGCCUUUUUUUGGGAAAUUCGCAACAUUCUUCUACCCAGAGCGGCUCUUGCAACUUACCUGUUAAAGAGCUUUAUGCCAGCAAAGAAAAUGAAGAUAUUUCAAAGUCAGUUGAAGGCGUCCAAGAAGGUAAACCCAGCCAGAGAAUGGAAGAAAGUUUGAUAAAAGAUGUCUCGAAAUGUGAUCUCAAUGAGCUAACCCUAAAUGGAAUUGAAACGACUGCUCAGUGGAACAAAAAUAGCGCUGUAUCAGAUGGGAAUACUUUGUUUGACGUGCCUGCAAAUCCUGAAGACCAUGUUUUCAUAACAGAUGAUCCAGCCGAUGAAAGAGAAUAUGACGAAAGGGAGGCUGGGGAUGAAGUGGUAAACUAUGGUAAACAGUUAGAAGCCUGUGAAGCGGAAGGGCGUCAUUCUGCUGGCCAGCAAUAUGUCAUGGUUGUCGAAGCGUCAACACAGACAGAUGCAGUAGCUUGCACUGUAGAUAAUUAUGAGUUUUUCAAAAAUGAGGGUGUUUCAGUUAUUCGUUCGAAAUGUAAAGAUUUACGUAUUGCAAUUCAAAGCGAGAACUCUGAUUCGGUUGUGAAAGUAACUGUUGGAAAAAUAAGACUGAAAGAAGAUGGAGAUGUAACUUACGGGAUGACACUGGAUCACAGGUUGCCAUCUGGAAAAGACACAGAAAAGGAAGACUGUCUUUUUCUCGAUUCAAAACCUCAGAUUAAAUUACGAUUGAUUUCUGGCCCAGUUGCAGAGCAAUUUGCUGAUGGAGCGUCUGAGAUGGGUUUUGCUCACAUCAAAGUUUCAAACCUUGAUGCAAACUUACUACUUAGCAACAUUGAAAGUCUUGGUGAAUUUAUUGAAGAUGAGUACCUUUUAAAAAAGAUGCCAUUUAAGAUUGAAUUAGAGAAUAUUGAAGUAAAGUUGUUUGAUGACAAACCACGGAGAUACAUUUCAGCUCUUUUGCCUCCACCCAUUGAAUUGAAGCUCAAAAGCCUCGUAGUUUUUGGCUCAACAGGAGGACAGAUAACAAUAGGGGAGAACCUACAAGAUUUGUUUUCAGAGCGAACUGUGACAGGAAGUAUUAGUGAUGCCUCAAAAGAAGAGGAAGGUGGAAGAAGGGAGGGUUUUUAUGAAGAGAAUCUCUUAAAAAGUUCAGGAGAUGCAGACUCGGGAAUCGGUAAUAUAGGAACUGUGAAAGAGCAAAGUGCAUUGAUAAUUGAAGAAAAUGAGAGAUUGAUUGAUGAUCUGAAACUAGCAAACGCAAGAAUGGUGAGUUUAGAACAAGAGAGAGAUGCUAUCUUAAAGGUAGUGGAGAAAUUGCAACAGGAAUUGAUGUGGUCAAAUCACGAAAACGAAAAAUUAGCAGAAAAGGUUAAAUCGUACAAAAUCUAUCUAAGAGAUCUUGGAAAGAGGUAAUGCCAGAGGGUUUGUUUAUAUUUUUGACGUAUUACAAAAACAAUUUAUUUUGGCGUAUUAUUAGAAAACUAAUUUUUCCCCUAUGUGAAUUUACAUUUUGAGUCAUGUUUUAUGUACUUUUAGGAAUUUGUUUUUCCCAUUAUGCUGCCUUUUUAAAUCGUAAAGACACACAACAUGUUAUGACAGCAAUUUCAUGAUGACAAACUUUUAACGACCGUUUGCGAUGCAUACUUAGCAAGGUCUACAGCCUUCUCGUUGUUCUCACCCUUAUCUGUGAUGUUGAGAGAUCUACCAAAUAAAUUUCCAAAAAUAUAAAAAUAGCCAUUGAAGACAGACUGAAACAAAUAGGCCGCGGAAUAUCAAUUACCCAAACUAAAUAGACGCCGUUGAUCGUAUGCUCUUAUUAUAGUAAGUUUAAAAUCAGGAGUGGGACUUAACGAGAAAAUGUUUUAUAUUUUUUUACAAGAGAAUCCUCUAGCAAUCGUUAAAAUUGGUAAUGAGAGAUAUAUUUCCUUGUAAUUACAAUGUAAUUUAGCGAAAUCAUCGAUUUUCAUGUGUUGAAUAUUUAUCUGAUAAACAAUGAUGUAAUAAUGAUGAAACUUUUAAAACCCAUUAAUAAGCCCUUCGUCGAAAUCUCACUUUGAGUGUACGCUACGCCUGCUUUGUUCAUUUCAUCAAAUUAAUGGUUUUAAAUUAGAAUUGGAGCUUUA